GUCCAACACGUGAGGCUCAUGUGACCGUGUCGAGUGUGUGUCUCCAGCCGAGAGACGUGCCUGCAGUCACAGGGUUUAUUUAACACGUAGUCAAAAACCCACCCAGCUCUCACACAUUCAGCCGAGCGUGGAGCCUCCCCAGACGUACUACCGAGUCCGGACCUCAGGGUGACAACACUGCGCCGUGCCCAACUCCAGCUCAGCGGGAACACACACGGGAUAACAGGAGAUACUUUUUUCUUUGUUUUUUGUGUGAUUUUUUUUUUUUAAUCGUUUUGCAGUGCGACUAUCAGAGACACAUUUGGAACGUUCUGAAGGCUUUUUGAAAUAAUUUAUUCGGCUUUUACAGUUAAGCGACAUGGAGAGGAUUACCAGUGCGCAACCACCUCCCUGUGGGUCAAAACACACGCCACUGGAUAUAUCUGACAUGCAAGGAAUGGAUUUUCCCAUUUGUGUGUACACACCCAGGAGGGGUAUGAAGCGAGUGGGUGAGAGCAAGGAGACAUACAAGUUGCCACACCGACUGAUUGAAAAGAAAAGACGUGACAGAAUCAACGAAUGCAUUGCCCAGCUGAAGGAUUUGUUGCCAGAACAUCUCAAGCUUACAACGCUGGGUCAUUUGGAGAAAGCUGUGGUGCUGGAACUCACUCUCAAGCAUGUGAAAGCCCUGAGUGGCCUCCUGGAGCAACAGCAGCAGAAAAUCAUCGCGCUACAGAAAGACCUGCAAAUUAGUGAUCAUGGAGGUGACAGCGCAGAGAGCAGCGAGGAGAUGUUCCGCUCCGGCUUUCACUUGUGCGCGAAGGAGGUCCUCCAUUAUGUGGCCAGUCAAGAAAGCAGCAGGGACCUGACUCCUUCCAAUGUCAUCAGCCACAUCCAAAAGGUAGCAGCUGAAGUCCUGCAGCAUCGAAGCAGCCUACACCCAGAGUCCAUCUCUCAGGCUUCGGAGAAACCGAAGAAACCCGCCGGACAGCCCCAAAGGGUUUCUGAGGUCCCAGCUAAGAACUGUGUUCCUGUCAUUCAAAGGACUUACCCCCAUGGGAUGGGGGAGCAGAGCGGCAGUGACACAGACACUGACAGCGGCUAUGGGGGAGAACAUGACAAGCGUGACCCCAAAGCUCAGUGGUCAGAAAGCCAUGCAAAGGAAGUGGAGCAGGUCAAGCGUGUCGCGUCUGAGAGGACGGCUGGUGCCAUCAAGCAGGAGGGGGAUGAGCCUCAGGCCAAAAGGUUAAGGUCUGACUCCUCAGAGGACGAGAUUAUCUCUGUUCACGUGGCAGGAGGCCCUGGCAGCUACAUGAGCUUCUCCCCCAACCAGCCCCCGUUUUGUCUCCCCUUCUACCUCAUCCCCCCUGCAGCUGCAACAGCGGCAGCCUAUCUGCCCAUGCUGGAGAAAUGCUGGUACUCCGGGGGCAUGCCGGUUAUGUACCCAGGCGUGAGCGGCUCUGCAGUGAGCUUUCCCCCAGAGACACUCCCCUCAUCUCUGGUGAUGUCCCCGAGGGCAGGGUCUCCAGUACCCCACCAGAACCCCAUGGACUCCCCUGCUCUUCACAAAGCUUUAAGGCAGGUCCCGCCAUUGAACUUGGAAACCAAAGACUGAACAGAUGUGUUUCUGUUGGAAUCUUGCCCUCUGAAUGUUAAUGGGGUUGAAUGGUUGGGCCGCUGAAAAGAGGGUGAACAAAAACAAACACACUGGUAUCCCUUCAAACCACAGCCGUUGUUUGACUAUUGAGAAUACUGACCCCAACAAAGAACCCCAAAUUUUAUUUAAUCGUCCAUCAUGAGCUCCUCGCACACUGAAACGGGACUUUUGGGGGUCACCUGGAGCGCCCAUGUGAAGGCUCAUACGUCACCUGUUGCAUGGCUCUGAAACACUGUGAAGAUGGUCCGUUUAUAGAUCGUGCGUGCUCAAGAAAUUGCGAGUGUGUUUUUUUUUUUUUUUUUUUUUUAGCAAGGUUUGUCAUCUUCGCAUUCAGUGUUGAACAUCAGAGGUAAACCCAGAAUGUAAGGCACAAAUAAGCCCCCCGAAAAUGAUUUAAACUUAAUAUUUGCACACACACCAGUCUGUAAUGAAUGUAAAGACUGAACAAAAGCCCCUUGUAGAUGCUGCUUGAAUUAUUAUUAUCUGCUGUAGAUCUGUGAAUGGAGGAUCUACCUUCAGUGUUUGUUUCGCUCCUGUAACUUCAACAAACCAUUGUUUAGAUUAGAAUGUUACCAAAAAAAAAAAAAAAAAAAUGUCUGGCUCAUGUUGACCAUUGACGUCACAAAAGCCAUUGCUCCUUUGACCCUUCAGUUACUUUGGAACUAACUGAACACAAGCGUUCACGGUGUUCAAAGAAUUCAGGGCGUUGUCACUGUACAAGGUGUGUCACUCAUGUCUGUUUAAGAGUGAUGUGGCCAUAUGUGCUUUUACAAUUUAAUUUGUGACUCAUGACUAUUUGUGCAUCUAGAUGGAGUUCCUGUGAAGUCAUGUCUUGUAAUUAUUUUUGUUUAUACUACUUGUACAUCUCUAUUUUUGAUACGUGACCCACUGAGUGUACUUGCAUCGCUACCAGAGGAAGACUGAGGUAGUCAUUUGCUGUAUGCCAAGAGAACGUGUACAGUAUAUAGCAUUGUGCUCAACCAGAUUUGCAUCUUGCCCACAAAUUCCCGGUCAGGUUAAGGCCUGACCUUAGCUCAUGCUGUUGCCUUUACUCGUUUAACGCAGACACGAUGACGGCAGGUGUUUCAACGGAUUUGCUUUCAAUGUUGUGUCUGUGGCAAAGAGAUUGAAUGUAAAGUUCAAACAAAAAUAAUAGUUUUGUAUAGAAAGAGGUACUUGGGAUUUUUAUUAUGACAUAACAAAAGGUUGUUUGUUGUACAUAUUUUGUAUGUAAAGUAUUAUUGAUAUAUUAAAAUAUUAAUAAAGACCCUCCCUCCCCCCCAA